AUGUUAGCAGUAACUGAUGUUCGCUUUGAGCAUUAUCACGCUCCAAAUACCCUUGGGGUUCAAGAAUCCACGCCCCGAGUCUCAUGGAAGAUUGUACAACACGAUACUAACGGCACACAAAAUGGAUACGAGAUCGAGCUGACCAAGUACGGCCCUGGCCAAGAGGUCCAUGGUGUAUUGAAUGCAAGACAACAGUCCCGAGACAACAUCCUGAAUCCAUGGCCGUUCAGAGAGCCUCUUCAGUCUCGUGAACGUGAGUCAAUUCGUGUUCGAGUCUGGGACAAACAGGAGGAAAAGAGUCCCUGGAGUGAGCCUGCCCAUCUGGAAGUAGGGCUAUUGCAUCGGUCAGACUGGGCCUGCGAACGCAUCGCCGCCCCUUGGGCUUCAGAAACGUCAGAGGCUGGCCCCGAAGACCUAUUCCGCAGACAGUUUGUUCUUCGUGACUUACCUAUCAAAGCACGACUUUAUAUCACAGCCCAGGGAGUCUAUGAGGCCGAGAUCAAUGGACAACGCGUUGGCGACUAUUUCCUAGCCCCGGGGUGGACAUCCUAUGAUGGGCGACUUCAGUACCAGACUUAUGACGUUACUUCGCACCUGGUCAACGGUGGAAAUUGUAUCGGACUGGAGGUUACUUACGCUGAUGGGCAAAGGUGCAUAAUACAUAGCGACGGUUCGUGGAAGGUUACACGAGGUCCAACUCGCUUGGCGGAGAUAUAUGAUGGGGAGAAAUACGACAUGACAAUGGAGGUGCCAAAUUGGUCAUCGGUGAUGGAUCAAGAAAGGCUGAGACAAUGGAAAGAUGCACAAACUCUGACCUUCCCACCUGUAUCAACACAGCUCGUUGCAGGUUUUGCAGAACCAGUGCGUCGAAUCGAAGCGAUAUCUCCUAUCAAAGAGAUCACAACGCCAAGUGGGAAAAGAGUCCUUGACUUUGGUCAGAAUCUCGUUGGAUAUUUACGUCUAUCAGGCAUCAGUGGUUCCAGUGGACACAAGAUUACUCUUCAGCAUGCUGAAGUCAUGGAGAACGAAGAGCUUGGUAUUCGGCCCUUGAGAAUAUGCCAAGCGAAAGACGAAAUUAUCCUCAAAGAUUCACCGACAAAGUUAUGUUGGGAACCAAGAUUCACUUUCCAUGGAUUUCGGUACGCUCGGAUUGAUAAUUGGCCCGGUUCCUUUGAUACAUCCUGUAUCGAAGCUGUCGUGUGCCACACUGACAUGAAACCCGCUGGUCACUUCUCGUGCUCGGACCCGCUACUGAAUCAACUGUAUCGCAAUAUCGUGUGGGGUGUGAGAGGUAAUUUCCUUUCGGUGCCAACUGAUUGUCCUCAGAGAGAUGAACGACUGGGCUGGACUGGAGAUCUAUCUCUCUUUGGCCCUACAGCAUGUCUUAUUUAUGGCUGCUUUGGCAUAUUGAAGAAUUGGCUGAUAAAUCUUGCACAUGAUCAACAUGUUCUUGGUGGUGUUCCCCCAAUGGCCAGUCCGAACGCCACUCUCCCAGAUCCCAUCUGGUGUAGAAGAGUGCCAUGCGCCAUUUGGCAUGAUGUCACGAUCAUAGCACCCUGGAUCCUUUAUCAAGAGAGUGGGGAUGAGAGUAUCCUAGCUCAGCAGUAUGAUAGCAUGAUGAAGUGGAUGAAGGUGCUCCCUCGACAGACUUCGGGACUAUGGGAUCCAAAGCCCUUUCAACUCGGCGUGAGUUCCGAAGGAUAG